AUGGAGCGCAUACAGGGUGACCCGGCUGUGUUUGGUGUCUCGAACCCCAACACGAACAGAACGUACGAGUGUAGCUCAUCUGCCAGCGACGAUGGCACCUUGGCCCAGCCAAGUUCCCAAUCGAUUUCGUCACAAGUCGACAAAGGCUCGACGAAAGCCCAGCAGGUGGUGGUGGUGGACGAGUCCCCCGAUUACACGGUUGCGCAAGCAGACACAGCAGUCAUCCUCACCUCCAGUGAAACCGCACCAAAAUCUCCUCGAGCUGACAAUGCUCCAAUAACGACCCAUGACCCUGACCUGGAGGAGAGUACCGACUCCGUCAUAUCUCGUGCGGACACGGUCUUUUCCAAAUCGACGACAAACUCCCCUUCACUUUACGGCGCAUCCCCGUUUCCGUCGGGUGAACCCAGCUCGCCAGGCGAGAGGUCGAUUCGGCUGCUGCUAUCAUCGUCACCAUACCACACGGCACUGGAAGCGACGAAACGGGGGCGAGAAGAGGCGGGCGAAGAAGAAGAUGAUGACGGGGAGUUUGACGCUGAGCAAGAAGAAAGGGCAGCUGUAGAGCAAGCGGCCGAGGACGGGAAUAUCACCAUCGACCAUGACGAUAUGGCUUCAGACGCGGGUUACGAAUCAGACGCCAACACGACAUGUUCGACGUCGCUAGCUGAGAGUAUACGCGACUAUGUUUAUGAGAAUGGGAGGCGCUAUCACAGGUUCCGUGAGGGACGAUACAACUUUCCCAAUGAUGAUGUUGAGCAACAACGAGAAGACAUGAAACAUGCCAUGGUGAAGAUGUUGUGCGGAAGGCUGUAUUACGCGCCCAUCGGGAGCCAUCCCCAAGAAAUCCUGGACAUUGGAACUGGGACGGGACUUUGGUGCAUUGAGAUGGGUGACAUUUUCGAGAGCGCGAAUAUCCUCGGCGUAGAUCUAAGUCCAAUACAACCAGAGUAUUUUAUUUUCACAAAGAGGGUCGUCACUUACCAAUGUCACAGAAGCCCAUGGCUACACCCACGUAACUACUUUGACUAUGUCCACGCUCGACACACCGUAAUGGGCAUCAAGGACUGGCCUCGUCUGAUGAGGCGAACAUUGGAACACCUCCGACCAGGCGGCUGGUUCGAAAUGCAAGAAGUUGUUCACUUCCCCGUCUCCCUGAACGGCCCCAUGCCGGCCGACCACCCCCUGGCUCAAUACUGGGCUGUAGUCCGCGAUGGUCUCGCUGCCCUGGGUGUCGACUUCCAUGCUGCGGCCGGCGGCAACCUAGCACAAAUGAUGCGCGAGGCUGGGUUCGUGAAUGUCACGGAGCGCAUUCUACAGAUCCCUAUCGGAACCUGGCCCAAGAAUAAAGUGCUGAAAACGGUGGGGCUGUACUGGCGCACGAUUUUGCUGGAUGGCAUCCAGGCUAUUGCACUGGGGCCCCUUACGAGGGGUUUGAGAUGGAGCAGAGAACAGGUCGAGAUGUUUUUGAUUCAGGUUCGAAGGGCGUAUCAUGAUAACUCGGCGUUGUUGUACAUGCCGUUGCAUAUUGUAUAUGGGCAGAAGCCCGUGGCGGGGAGUUACUGA